UGAAGAUCCUGACCCGGAGACCCGUUUACCUGGUUUCCUCUCACCAGCUACGUACCCUACGACGACGCUACGCGAAGUUUUGCUGCUAAUUUUGUUUGAUCGGUUCGAGUUUUGAUUAGUUGAUCUGAAUCCACUUUGUGAUUCUCGUUAUUGAACGUUGAUCACUCCUUGGACCCUGCUUUGUUCUUAGGGUUCAUCCUCUCAAAGGUGCAGCUAUGGGAAUGGCGUCCAUGAGCUCUACUGGUGAAAGCCUUCGUCUUUGCGUGUUUGACUUGAGGAGAGGCCAAAACGAAGGUCAGGAACUGGACAAGAUCUUGUUCUUCUAUCCUCCUGAUCUAACCUUUUCGACUCAGCUAUCGGUUAUAGGGCUCAGCGAAGGGCUUAUCACUUUCUCGAGACUAUUCUCCCCGGAGGCAGCUUGUGAAGUUAUAGAAGCAGAGAGACAUUCCCAUGUUUUCUAUGAGGCCGAGCCCGAUAUAUGGAUGGUCAUGGUUGUGGAGAAAAAUAAGGAGAUUGAAGCCGUAUGGAGGGUUGAUGCAUUGCGGAGAGUGCUUAAGGAAGUGCACUCUCUCUUUGUUAUGUUUCAAGGGUCAAUUAGGGCAUUGCUUGAAAAAGAACCAACUGGAGGACUUAUAAGAUCGCACUUGUAUCCAUUCAUCACAGACUAUUUAAAUGAUCUUUUUGUUGGUAGGAAACAUCAGUUACCUUCCUUCCGUGAAACUUUGAAAGAGCGUGGAACAGUUCAGAUGCUAACUUUAGCACGAGAUGCUGCACUUGAAGUUCAGUCUCUCGUCGGAGUGCUAGAUUCAUGUGCUGGGACUGUUCGAUGCCACUCUGUGAUUUUAUAUCAUGAUCUACUAGUGUCAACAACUCUCUCACCUGAUGAUACCGUAGAUUUGUUUGCAUUUUCUGUCAUGAGAUUGACCACAAACGCAUUAUCCUCUGGCACAAGUUCCUGGUCAUAUCUACGCAAGGGAUCUGGUUCACCCCAAAUAUCUUCUAGAUCUACCUCUGUUCCCCCUCUUGGUUCAAGUGGUACAUCGCCUUCAGGAAAUGGUAGUAACACAGUUCGUGUUAUUAGACCCUUGCAGCACGAUAAGUGGUUAAAAGGGAAAGACGGGUUUCUUGUAACUGAUAUUUGGGGUACAGAUGCAACCCCAACAAUUUUGCUACAGACGACACAAGAAAGAUUAUACCUUAUGACUUAUCAAUACAAAAGUCUCACCUUGGUUCUUCUCGUGCCUAUCGCUGCAAUUGUUAAUGGAGAGCUAGACAUCUCAUUCGUGAAGCAGCAAGUUAUUGACAACGCAUCGACGAAGAUCUUGAAAGUCGAAGAGAAGCUAUCGAAAGGAUGGGGUGGUGAGAACGCUUACCAUGUAAGUGGUUACCGUUACUUACUAGUUGAUAAUGACAUGGAAGUUUCAAGAGCUUCUCCACCAGGAAAGGUAGCAACUCUAGCAAAGGAGUCUUUGCUUGCACUAAACAAGGUAAGGGAAGAAGUGGAUACAGAAAAGAGCCGCUCGAAGCAAGAGAAAGACAUGGAAAUAUGCAUUAGGGCAAAGAACAACGCAUGGGCCAUAGCGCGUGUAAGCAGAGGUAAAGAGCUUUACAUGGCUUUAGAGAAGGCAAGUGAGACUCUUCUUGAUGCUACAGACUCUGUCCAAAGAUUCAGCAACAGGUACUGCAGCGGAGCAUUCUCCAUGGAUUAGAUUCGGCAAGUGUUUUUGUAUGCCAUUAUCAAACACAGCAAAGGAAAGUGUUUUCUGAAGUAUUUUGAGAUGUUUAUAUCAUUGUAAGGUGAAACCGUUGCAAAGAAUGAGAAUUUGGUGACUCUUGUCUACAUCCAAAAAGUAAACGUAUGGAACUUGACCCUUGACGGUUUGAAAAA